GAGCACUAUUGAAUCAGUAUUAUCUAGAGAGUGGCCCGCAGGGUUACUUCAAGAAUUAUUCAAGAAAAUAUCUACAGAAUCAACUAGAGGUUAUCGUUCGAUAUCAUUCUAUCAUUUGAUGAAGAAAUUAGCUUCAAAAUUUAACAAAAAACGAGAAGAAAGAGAUAAAGGCGAUGGAGGAGGAAGAGAUGUAAGUAUUCAAUACUAUCAAAUAUAUCUCAAAGAUUCAUUCACAAGAUUAAAGAGAGAUCUUGAAUUAUUGAGAAGAGAUAAUUUUAUAUUUGCCGCCAAACUUGUUCGAGGAGCUUACAUGGUGUGA